CAUCUUAUAUCAAAUGUUGCUUACAUAAUUCCUUUAAAUUCCAGGAUCUCAUCCUCAUCAGAGAAACACAGGCUAUUUAUAAUCGUAACUCAUGGAGUGUUGAAUUUACUACACUAUACUAAGUAGUUUGACGUGUCGUUUUAACUUUUUUUAAGACUUGCCGAAACAAUGAUGUAAGCAUCUAUUUUGAAAUUCACCCAGAAUACCUUGCGCCUUUGAAUUCAAAAUGGCGGACUGUUUUCAUACUUUACAAGCUUAGGAAUAAAUUCACUGAAUUGUCGUCCAGAAUUACUUAUCCAAAGUCCUUACCAAAUCAAAACAUACUUCCCAAUAUCUGCUCUCAUCAUGUCUACGUUUGUUCCUUACUAAUCGAUCGAAAUCGUUUGGAUUGGAUUUUAAAAGUUUGGUUGUCACAUCUCUCUGUAAGUGCGUGAUUGUUUUGAUGAGUGAAAUCAAGAUCAUGAAAAGCAAUUUAGCUUGCUGUUCAGUGGAUAUUUAAUUUGGAUGCAAAGAAUGYUGUGGAUAUGAAUUGAUCACUAUAAUUAAUCGCAAGGAUGAGCAGCACAUUUAUCCCAGUUGAUUUGGAUCAAGUCUUAGAUGAAUUUGAAGAACAAGAAAGGAAUCACGACAUACCUACCUUAAGUAGACCUAAUUCACUGGAUCUUCCAAAUAGUUAUCAAGAGUUGAAGCCUCAUUCAAUCAGUGAUCCAAGAACAUACUCAUUUAACAGUCCUUUAGAUGCUAUUUUACAAGAACAGUCAAGCAACAUAAACAACACACCUGGCAAAAGCCUUGCACAAGAAAUUGCUGAUCUUGAUAUUAAAUCCAAAUCCAAAAAUAUUGAUGAUGAUGAUGAUUACGAUGAUGACUAUGCUAAUGAUGGUGGAAGUGAUGCUAGUAGCACAACUGCAGUAAUUGCAGCAGCAGAGAAGAUAACUAGAGAAAGUGAUUUUAUUGUAGAUCAGUCAACAUCUGGUGGUCUAGACACCAAUAAUUUGAAUAUAAAAAAUGACGUAAUAGAUGAGGGAAAUUUUGAUUGCCUAGCUUCAAAGAAAGAAACUCCUGAUGAAACUGAUUUCCUCUCACUCUUAAAUUCUGUUGUUGGUGAAAGUCCUUUCUGCCUCGAAGACACAAGAACAACAUGUGAUAACAAUAAAGGUUUGUCAACUGAGGUGCUCCAGGAUAAURUAAAACAUUCCCCAAAUGUGGAAAGUGGUGUUGACAUAGAUGUGUCCAAUAAUACUAGUGCUUGUCCAACACAGAAAUACAAAGAUGAUUCUUUAGUGAAUUUCGAUAAUGAAUUGAAUGAAAAUAUGAAAUGCUGUGGUGAGAAUAUUAAUGUUGAAUCCAAUGAAUUUGUACAUAGUUAUCAUAACAGUGUGAGUCAAAUUGAAAAUGACACAUGUGAGAGCUUAGAUUCAAGGGAAUCUGAGGCCUCUUUACGAGUGGAUCCUACAUGUCCCAUUUCAGAAGAUACACAAGCUGAGACAUGUAACAUAAAUGAAAUGUUAUCAUUGCCAAAUGUCUGUGAUCAUCAAGAAGAACAGGGUUUGAAUUUCAACAGUAACAUAAACAAUACAUCACAUGAAUGCAUCUCAACUGCAGAGGAUGAUAGCAUUUUACUUCAAGUAGGAAAUAGCAAUUUGGAUUUUGCUGAUCAACAAGYAGACUUUAUUGAUGGAAGCGUAGAUACAAAUGAUGCUGUUUCUGAUAAUAUAUGUGUUGGAAAUGAAAUCAGUUCUUUGGAUAACGGCUUAGUUCCUUCCUCUCAACCCAGCAUAGACUUGACAUCAGCAGAGCAUGAUGACUUGAAUGGGACUGCACCACGCAGUAAUGAUGUUCCUUUAGUAGAAAACCAAAUGACAUCUACGACAGCUGAUAGUAGUUCAGCUGAUAGCCUAUGUGGUAACGUUGAAGCAAGUAGAAGUGAUGACUUGCUAUCCAUGGCAAUUGAAGAUAACGAUCAAUCGUCACCAGUAAGAGCUAUAUCACCAGAACCCCAAUUAGAAGAGGGUAUUUUACCAGUACAUAUCAGCAGUGGAGACCCAGAGAUGGGUUUUGUACCWCCAAUAUGGGUACCUGAUGAGGUUGCCACACAUUGCAUGACAUGUGGUCUAAAAUUCUCCAUGAUUAAAAGAAAGCAUCACUGCAGAGCUUGUGGAAGGGUCCUUUGCUCCUCAUGCUGUAACAUGAAGUUCCCUUUGCCAUAUUUGGGUAACAAGGAUGCAAGRGUAUGCCAAGUAUGCUGUGAUAUACUAAUACAAGGAAAUCAACAACAAUUAACACAAGAUAUUACAGAAGAGAUAACAAUAGAUAAUCAAGAUGGUUGGCAGAACCCUGAUAUUCCAAGCAACUCUGAAGACGUUUCUGUAGAGAGUAGUUCUGUAGAGAAUGGGCUUUCUUCAACUGAGCCACCUGGAAAUARCGAGCAAGAUGUAUUGGAAUCUGCAGAUGACUUAGAUGAGAGUCAGCUUAAUGGUGAAGUGGAUAAUGAAGAUAUUACAGAAGCAGGUCCUUCCAAUGCAGCAGCUCCGCCAGUAYUAACACUCACAACYAAUCCAGUAUUGCCAACAAAUGGAUCAUCAGCAUCUUUGAUGUCAGCACCUUUGUCACCAGCUCUGAGUGAUGACAGUGAUCUGUCAUUUAGACUUGAUGUUGAACAUGUUAGAGCCAUGAUUCCACAAGACUUCUUCACUUUGCCACCUGUUUUAAACCUGAAAAACAAAGCUAUUCAGAUUCAGGAACAUCCAGAUCCUGCUGAAAUUAUGUAUCGUCUGAAAGGUCUUGGUGACACAGUUAUCUUCUUGUUAAACAAGAAUCUCAUUGUUAAAGUGAAGAUUGUCAAAUUGAAGUGUUGUGUUAAGAAGAAGUGUUGGUGUUUUGUCACUGAUGGAAUGGGUGCWGCAAAUCAAGAAGAAAUGGUUGUUAUUCUUGAAUGUGAACACAGUGAGAAUACUGUCCCUAAAGAUGUGUUGUCUCAUUUCAAUACUGCUUUUAGUUAUGCAAAACAGGGGCAUGUAGUCUCUGAUCUUGGUUUUACCAUAUUUGGACAACCUUUUCUUGGGAGUUCAAAUAAUGCUGGAUUUCUGUAUAUMAAACCUACUUUCCAGUGCUUAGAAAAUCUACCAUUGCCAACCAUACCAUACGUAGUUGGUAUACUGAUACAAAGACAAGARGCUCCAUGGGCCCAGCUAUUCCCUAUCAGGUUGAUGUUACGACUAGGAACSGAGUUUAGAUACUACCCCUGUCCUUUGUGGAGUGUGCGUAAUAGACCAUCAGUAUAUCAUGAAGUUGGACAUACAAUAAUGAACCUUCUUACUGACUUUAAGAAUUUCCAGUACAGUAUUCCCCGCAUCACAGGACUGGUUAUUCACAUGGAGAAUACUAAGACAACAGUAAGAUUGCCACAGGACAGAUUUGAUGAGAUGGUGAAAGUGUURAAUGCUGCUGAAGARCACAUGUUUGCAUUUGGUGCCAACUUUAGCAGUGAAGCAGAUUCUCAUUUGGUUUGCAUACAAGAAGGAGAAAGUUACAAAACACAGGCCAUCAAUAUACAAAAUGCAACUAGAAAAGUAACUGGGGCUAGUUUUGUUGUCUUUUCUGGAUCUUUGAAGACCAGUAAUCCUAAUGAUGCAAAAGUCAGCAUCAUUGAGGAUGGUAUUAUGAUACAAAUGCUACCUGAUUCUGURCUCGAGCUCCGCAAAGCACUCCGYGAAAUGCAAGAUUACGUCAUAACGACCGGRAGUAAYGCAACAGCUAACUCUGUCACUCAAGUAGACGUUGAAUGGGUGUCAAGAGAUUCUAACAAAGAAACGUAUACUAGUCCUAUCGAUGGCCGGUCACUAACUGACGUUCCCAGUAUUCAAGUGCACAGUAGCUSUGACUUCUCAAAGCGUGAUAUUUAUCGAAUAAGGUGGACAAACGUCUUCCUGGAGAGAAAUGGAUCUAGUUCGAGAGGUUUAUCAUCACGAGGACUAACACGGUUAACUGGCGAGCUGGCUCGUGCUUGUUGUGAAGCCCUCAGACCUUAUUUACAAGGAUUAUUUGACAUGAAUUUGAUUCGACUUUCCUUGAGAGUGAACAUUGAUGCUGAUUCUGUGGAAUAUAGUAUCGGCGCAAACCAGAAACCACUACCCACCAACCUUAUGGCUGACCUGGACAGCGCGCUGAUUCCGUCAAUCAACGCAGCAGCUAUGAAACACCGUCGUGGUCCCUUGACUGUAGAACUGUUCUUUAGCGUCAUAUCCCUCUUUUAGAAAACCAUCUUUUSUCACUUUUAUUGACAGACAUUUGCUAGGGACACAACAGUUCAUUUGAUCAUGAAAGUUGCCAAACUUCGACAAACUACAAGUGUUGUCAUUUUCUUUUUGUUGUUUUCUUUAUGACAACAAGGGAAACAAAUAUUUUCCUUGCAAGUUGUGAAAUUUGAAUCAAUCAUUGACACUCGGAGUGUUUUAACAGAACAAGUUUCACACUGCACAUCAAGUGCUGUAUUUUAAAGGAMGUACAUUUAACAAAAAACUUAACACCAAAGCAGCCCAAGGGUUUCUUUGAAAGGGUUUAUAACACUAGUCAGCCUUCCGGUGUAUAUCAUAACAAAAAACAAUAUCAAUCACUAUUAUAACAACAUUUUAUCUCACAUAUUCAAAAACACAUUUUUAAUACUUUUUAAAUAUCCAAUAUAUAUCUACUUGUACAUGCAUUUAAAACAUAUAGAAACAGAGUGCAGGAACACUACAGACAUUGUGAAUUAAUUGACUAUAUUUGACAAUCUGUAUGAAUGGUUUCUAAGUAAUGUUGCUUUACGAUUACUGUAUUUCAUCAAUGUAUUGGCAGUAUUAAAUAUGUUUGGUGAAAUUUA